AUAUUAUUUCCUAUUUUUUGGUAUUUUAAUAUAUAACUAAUUGCUUUUACUUUUGGAGAAGUCAUAUGAUUAUUUUGAUAGUACACUCUUCACUUAUGAUUUAGUUAUAUAGCAACUAAUUUUUCCAGUGUUUUCCUUUAUAGAAGUACAAAUUAAAAUUUUAUAACUUUGUGUGUUUCUAAGAUCUACUUUUCUACAACUACUGGUUAUUUUUGAAGUAAAAGGACAUUUGUUUUCAACAUUAAACUUUUCCAGAGAAAGAUAAAAUCUCCCCUAGACACAGUAUAGGCUGUGCUGAUACAGGCAAAGUGAAGAGCUGAGACAGUUACUUUACUCUAAAAGCCCCAUUAUUGAAGAAAAGAAGGCUUUUAAAAUCAUAUAUAUUAAUCUUAUUUGCAGCAAUCUCUCAAUAAGAUGUUGAUCUUACUUUCCUAGGAUAUAGCUGAGAAAUAGGAAUUAAUAACCAUAUUAGAAUUGAAAGAGAUCUUCGUUCAGGUCCUUCAGUAAUUUUUGAACUUUUAUUUAUUUAUUUAAAACAUAAUCUCUCCACCCUAACCCUACCACUCCUAAUAAAAGCCACUGCAAAAGCUGGACAAAUAUGUAGAACAUUUUGUUGAAGCCAGGAUGGAGAAGUUAGGCAUUUUGCCUGCUCAGCAACAAUUGCAACCUAUUCAAAACUCCAUAGUACCACUUCAGGUAGCGCAAAGGAUCACAGAUUGAGAAGCACUACUGUUUUCUAGCCUCUUUCCUGCUGAAGCAACCUACUCAACAGUAUUUCUAACAGGGGAAUAUAUAGUCUUUGCCUUAACACUUCUGAUCUCUGAGAACUAAAUAAAGCAGUCCAUCACGUUAUUGGACAGGUUAGAUUAUUUGAAAAUUCUUAUGUAUAUGAAACCAACCUAUCAUACUGUGCUUUGGACUUUUCUCUGCUACUUUUUUUUCAAAUGCGAGCCUAAUACCAAUAAAUAUUAAAAUAUAGCUAUUUUAUAAUCCUUUUCCCAAGUUCCCUCUUUUAUUUCUCCCAGGUAAGGUAUCCUUAGUUUCUUUAAUCUUCUGGAACCACCACAGUCUUACUUAGUAUUCUGGCUUACCACUGAUUUGUUAGUAUUGCUCUUAAAAAUCUGGUUCUUAGAGCUGAGUAAAGUGCUUCAGAUAGGCUAAACCCUGUAUUAGUCAGAAUUUAAGAUUACAUAGACUUUUGGUUCACAUUGACAUUGAGGCUGAGUAAAAUCCCAAGGCUUUUAAAAAAUUGAACUAUAGCUUAUAUUUUAUUUCUCUAAAUUAGUUUGCCUGAGCUGAAGUUUGAUAGAGAUAAAUGCAGUAUUUUUUUUCCUUCUUUAUCCACUUCAGAGAUAAGGAUACAAGUAAGUGGAAAGAUAUAUGUGUUCAUUGAUUGAAAAAUUAAUAUUGUUAAAAUGUUUGUAUUAACAAUGUACCCAACGUAAUCUACAGGUUCACUGAAAUCUCUACCAAAAUUUCAGGGUCAUUUUUCACAGAAAUAAAAAAGACAAUCCUGAAAAUUAAUAUGGAACCACAAAAGACCCUGAUCAAAGCAAUCUUGAGCAAAAAGAACAAAGCUGGAGGCAUCAAAAUACUUGACUUCAAAAUAUACUGCAAUGCUGUAUUAGUUAAAACAGGAUGUUACUAGCAUAAAAACAGACAAACUAAUAGAAUAGAAUAGAGAACCCACAAAUAAAUCCAUGCAUUUAUGGUCUAUUAAUUUUCAACAAAAGUGCCAAAACACACACUAGGGAAAGGACAGUCUCUUUAAUAAAGGGUGUUGAGACAACUGGUUAGCCACAUGUAGAAGAAUGAAAUUAGACCCUUCACACUACAGAAGAAAAUCAACUCAAAAUGUAUUAAAUGUAAGAUCUAUCUACUACAACUGCAAAAUUACUAGAAGAAAACAUAGGGAAAAAGCUCCAUGACAUUGAUCUGGGUGAUGACAUUUUUGGAUUUGACACCACAAGCACAGGCAACUAAAGGAAAAUAAGUGGAAUUACAUCAAACUAAAUUACAUCUUCAGAGUAAAGAGACAAUUUACAAAAAGGGAAGAAAUAUUUAAAAACCACACAUUGGAUAAGGGGCUAAUAUCCAAAAUAUAUAAGGAACUCAAACAAAUCAAUAGUAAGAAAAUAAAUAGCCUGAUUUAGGCAAAGAACCUGAAUAGACAUUCCCAAAUAAGACAUGCAAAUGGCCAACAGGUAUAUAAAAAGGUGCUCAAAAUCACUAUACAGCAAAUAAAUGAAAAUUAAAGCCAUAUUGAGAUAUCCCCUCGUUAGAAUGCAUAUUAUCAAACAGCCGAAGGAUAACAAGUGCUGGAGAAGAUGUGGAGAAAAGAGAACCCUUGCAGUAGGAAUGUAAAUUUAGAACAGCCAUUACAGAAAACAUAAUGGAGGUUCCUCAAAAAAAUAAAAAUAGAACUGCCAUUAGUCUUCUAUGUGAUUAAAUAAAAAUAAAAAUAGAACUGCCAUGAAAACCAGCAAUCCCACUUCUAGGUACAUAGCCAAGGAAAUGUAAUCAGUGUCUCGAAGAGUUACCUCUACUCUCAUGUUCGUUGCAGGAUUAUUCACACUAGCCAAGAUGAGGACUCAACCUAAUUGUCCAUCUACUGAUGAGUUGAUAAAAAAAAAAAAGUUGCAUAUAUAAACAAUGGAAUGCUAUUCAGCCUUUAAGAGGAAGAAAAUCCUGUCAUUUGUGACAACAUGGAUGACCCAGAAGACAUUAUGUUGAGUGAAAUAAACCAGACACAUAAAGACAAAUACUGCAUGACUUCCUUAUACAUGGCAUCUAAAAAAGUUGAACUCAUAGAAGUAGAGAGUAGAAUGGUGGUUACCAUGUGCUGGAAGGAGAGGGAUCUGAGAGAUGUUGGUUAAAGGAUAUAAAAAUUCAGUUAAAUAGGAAUAAGUUCAAGAGAUCUAUUAUACAAAAUGUUGACUAUAGUUAAAGUGUAUUGGAUAUUUGAAAAUUCCUAAAAGAGCAUAUUUUCAGUGUUCUCACCAAAAAAUGAUAAGUAUGUGAGGGCUAUGGUUUAAAUGUGUCCCCUCAAAUUCAUAUGCUGGAAACUUAACCCCCUGUCCAACAGUGUUGGGAAGUGUGGCUUUUUGGGAGGUGUUCUUAGCUCAUAAGGGCAGAGCCCUCAUGAAUGGAUUAAUACCUCUAUAAAAGGCCUUGACAGUGGGAGUUUGUCCUUUUUUGCCAUUUUGCUUUCUGCCAUUUGGAGACACAACAUUCCUUCACUCUAGAGGUUGUAGUGUUCAAGGUACCACCUUGGAAGCAGAGACAGGACCCUCACUAGACCCCAAAUCUGAUGAUGCUUUGUUCUUGGACUUCUCAGCCUCUAGAACUAUUAGAAAUAAAUUUCAGUUCUCUAUAAAUGACCCAGUUUCAGGUAUUGUUAUAGCAAUACAAAAAUGGACUAAGAAAGUAAGGUAAUACAUAUGUUAAUUUGUUAAUUAGUACAAUUUAGCCAUUCCACAAUAUAUACAAAUUUCAAAACAUGUCCAUCAUAUAUACAAUUUGUAUUUGCCAAUUUAAAAAAUUUUAAAUAAUUUUUAAAAAGAAAAAAUACAGUUAUAAGUUUAUUCAAAGAAAAAAGAAGAAAGAAGAGACUAACCAGUGAAGCUAAAAAAGAUGGUAUGCAUUAGUAGUAUUAAGAAAUCUUAGGAAUUGGUUGGAUGUGGGUAGGAGAAAGCUGAGGACUGGAAAGAUGCAGAGAUUCCAGUCUGGAUGUGGUCAUUACCCAGGGUGACUGAAAAAGAACAUGUUUAGGAAAAGAGAAAAUAUCAAGGUUUGUUUUGGACACUUGAGAAAAAAUGAUAGGAGAAGAAAGAGAAAGCAAGGGAAGAGAAAAGGGGAGGAGGAAAAUAGAAUAAAGAAGAGAAAGAAGUUAGAGGAUACUCAUUUUCCAAAACAGAGUUAGAUUUAGUCUAAGUUGGUAGACUUAAUUGGUAGUUUAAAAAAACCUAAUUAUUUAAUUUCAUUUAUAGAGGAAAAUCAAUUGAUUUGUUUUUUAACUUGUCAGUUCUAUUAUAGUUCACCACUAUUUUUCUUCUAAACUUAUUUAUCCAUCACUAAGCUACUUAAAUUUCAAGUUACUUAUUCAAAAACAUAAUGUAAUGGGUCACUAUAAAUGCAUUUUUUUCAUUUAUUUAUUCAACUAUAUUUAUUGAGUAUCUACUAUAUGCCUAGCACUGUUGUAAGCGCUGGGCAUACAGUAGGGAAUUAAACAAAAAUCCCUGCCCUCAUUCAUAGCUUCUAUCAUAUCAAAUGGUGGGAGGGAAAUGCAAUUUAGGAAGACUUCUACCUCUGGAAAGAUUAACGUGACAUACUUUCCCUUAUUUCUCUCACUAAGUACAAUAAUAAAACCUGGGCAUUAUACAUAAAACAAACACAAAAAGACUCUGAAAGGUAGAGAGUAGAAGAAAGACUGAUUAAGGACACUAGAACCUUAGGAAUGACACAGUAGUGGGUUGCCUGGACUUACUUUUUACCUCAUAUAUCCCAGACUGGGUGUUGGAUAAGCCAGGAACCUGCAAAUUUCAACAGGCAAAGGGAAAAAAACAACAACAAUGAAAACCUCUCCGCAAGAUACUAUUCUCUCUAGCCAAAGGAGCAGAGAAAGAACAGCCUAGCAAGACAGAAAACUUUUCAGCAGUAUCUGCUCUACUUUAAACAUCACACAAAAAAACCGUAGUACCACCUACCCUUAAAAAAGGCUGAAUGGGAAGCUUAGAAUUCCACCCUCCUGAGGCUAUAACAAAGUGUCCCAGUACCACCAUUAGGGUGGUAUCAGAGAAGGCCAGAGAGAUAAGAUUUCUUCCCUCUUGGCUGGUCAAAAACUCUCUCUCUCUUCCCCAACACCCCCCUUCCCACAAUGUUGAUGGAACACCACACUGUGGAGCCUAGGCUGCCAUCUUCAUCCAAAAGUAAUGUGCUGGUUCCUGGCCAUACUGGAGUGGGGUCAGAAGAGGCCUGUUAGAGAGUUAUGUCUUUCACUGUCACCCAGUGGUAAGGAGGCCACCCCAAGUACCAGGCCAAUGGAAACUAUGUGGGAAGCCUGGACUCCAAGUCCCACACAGUAGUAAUGAGGAUGCCCUUAUUGGGUGUCAAUGGAAGCCAAUUGGGAAACUUGAACUUCAUCCUCCACUUGGCAAUAAUGAAGCAAUGCCCCCCUCCCACCUUCCCCUGUGGGAGCAGUGUCACAAAAAGCUAGUUAAAACAGAAGGUUUAAAAUAAGAUCCAGAGUCUCAUAACAUAAUAUGAAUAUGUCCAGCUUUCCAUUGAAACCAUUUGUCAUACCAAGAACCAGGAAGAUCUCAGAUUGCAUAAUAAAAGAUAGUCAAUAGAUGUCAACACUGAGAUGACAGAGGUGUUAGAAUCGCUGACAAAGAUUUUAAAGCAUCCAUGAUUAAAAUACUUUGAGCAAUACAUGUGAGAAACAAAUGAAAAAGUAGAAAUCCACAGCAAAGAAAUGGAAGAUGCAAAGAAGACCAAAAUGGAAAUUUGGUGCUGAAAAAAUAUGAAACUGAAAAAGUUCAGUGGAUGGACCCAACAGGAAAAUGGGAGUUACAGGGGAAAGAACCAGUGAACUGAAAGACAAAGCAAUAGAAAUUUCCUAAUCUGAACAACAGAGAGAAUUAGACUUGUUAAAAAAUGAACAGAGCUUCAGGGACCUGUGGGACAAUAACAAAAGAUGACACCUGUCAGAAUUCUUGAAGGAGAGAAGAAAGAAGGUGGGACUGAAAAAGUACUCAACAGCUGAAAAUUUCCCAAAGUUAGUAAGAGACAUAAGCAAACAGAUUCAAGAAACAGAGCAAACCACAAAUAGGAAAAAUUCAAAGAAAUUGAUGCCAAAGGCACGAUAAUGAAACCAAUAAAUAAAGACAAAGAAAAAAUGUUGCAAAUAGAGAAAAAUGACAACUUGCCUACAAGUAAAAAACAAUUGAAUGACAGUAGAUUUCUGAUCAGAAACCAUGGAGGCCAGGAGGAAGUGGUAAAACGUAUUUCAGGUGCUGAAAGAUAAAUGUCAACACAGCAGAAUUAUUCUUCAGCAAUGAAGGAAACAUUAAGACCUUCUCACAGGAAAGACAACUAAGGAAAUGUGUUGCUGGCAGACUUACCCUCAAAUAAUGGUUAAAGAACAUUCGUUAAGCAGAAAGGAAAUGAUAAAAGAAAGAAUUUUAGGCUGGGAGGCCAAGGCAAGCAGAUCACUUGAGUUCAAGACCAGCCUGGGCAACAUGGCAAAACCCUGUCUCUACAAAAAAUACAAAAAAUUAGCCAGACAUGGUGAUAUGCGUCUGUGGGUCCCACCUAUUUGGGUGGCUGAGGUGGGAGGAUCACUUAAGCCCAGGAAGUUGAGGCUGCAGUGAGCUGUGAUUGUGCCAUCAUGCCACUGCAGUCCAGCCUGGGCAAUAGAAUGAGACCCUGUCUCAAAACAAACAAACAACAACAAAACUUUGGAAUAACAGGAAGAAAGGAUACAGUAAACAAGAAUAUGGGUCAAGUAACCUGGUUUGGUUAUGAAAGUCCUCGUAGCUUCUGGGACUAUAUCAGAGUGGCUUGCCGGAAAGUUUCACAGAAUUGUAUCUGCAGCAUUGAAAAUAUGGAAAAUGUCAGUUCUUCUAGAGCUAAGGGUAGAGCCUGGAUCAGAGUAGCACUCAUGGAAAAACAUUUAUCUGAAUACAUCUCUACAGCUCUGAGAGACUUCAAAACAACCAGGAGAUUUUAUGAAGAUGGAGCAAUUGCCUUGGGUGAAGAAGCAAAUAUGCUUGCUGGCAUGCUUCUAGGACUCAAUGCUAUUGAUUUCAGUUUCUGCCUAAAGGGAGAGGGACUGGAUGGCAGUUUUCCUGCUGUAAUAGACUAUACACCGUAUUUGAAGUAUAUCCAAAGUUCUGAUAGUAUCAGCAGUGAUGAGGAGGAGCUAAGGACUUUGGGAAGCAGUGGUAGCGAAAGCAGUACUCCAGAGAAUGUCGGCCCUCCUUUCCUCAUGGAUGAGAACAGUUGGUUCAACAAGUGUAAGAGAGUUAAACAAAAGUAUCAGCUUACACUGGAACAGAAGGGUUACCUUGAAGAACUCUUACGACUUCGAGAGAACCAACUAUCUGAAUCUGUCUCCCAGAAUAAAAUACUACUUCAAAGGAUUGAAGAUUCUGAUCUGGCUCAUAAACUGGAGAAGGAACAAUUAGAAUAUAUAAUUGUGGAGCUUCAAGAUCAGCUGACUGUGCUAAAGAAUAAUGAUUUAAGAUCGAGACAAGAGUUAACUGCCCAUCUCACCAACCAGUGGCCUUCCCCAGGAGCUCUGGAUGUCAAUGCUGUUGCCUUGGAUACGUUGCUUUACCGAAAACACAAUAAACAGUGGUAUGAGAAAAGUUAUCAAAGUCUUGACCAGUUAUCAGCAGAAGUUAGCCUUUCUCAGACUUCACUGGAUCCAGGCCAGUCACAAGAAGGAGAUGGAAAACAAGACACAUUAAAUGUAAUGAGUGAAGGUAAAGAAGAUACUCCCUCAUUACUUGGCCUCUGUGGAUCUCUAACGUCAGUGGCAAGUUACAAGUCUCUAACAAGCUUAAAAUCUAAUGACUACCUUGCAAGUCCUACAACAGAGAUGACAAGUCCAGGCCUAACUCCAUCCUGAAAAUUUUUAUGUAAAAGCCAAAACUUUUUAUGUUGUAAAUGUUUAAUUUACAUGUUUGACUGCUGGGAAGACCUUUGAAAUUUUAUAUUGUUCUGGUACAUGUCUAAAAUUCUAUUGAUUAGAGAGAAUCCCCUCCAGAUAAGAGAUUUUGAGUGAAAAACAUAAUGAUCCUGCCAUUUUCACUUUUAAAAUUCUUAUAUUUGUCAUUGAGAAAGUUCAGAAUGGAAUAGGCUUUAAAAAAAAAAAACUUUCAAAGAUCCACCAAAUCGUUCAUAGCAAAUUGUACAUAUUGUUCAGCUGAUUUUUAUAUAUUUAAAUAUACCUUAGUGGCCAGAGACUGACUUCAAGGUUUUAUUCCAGAGACUUAAGCUAAGUAUUUUUUCAUUCUUUCAGAUUUUCAAAAAAAAAAAGUUAAUUUCAUUUUUUCAUUAAUGUCUUCCUAAGUUCUAUGCUUUAAAUGCCUUGUUUUUAAUAACGGGAAAGUUCUCAGCUGCAUUCUCACAGUGGCUUAUUCAGUUUUUCUUUAAUAUUUACCAUUUGGUAUCAACUCAGCAUUCCACUUAACAUUUUAUAAAUUCCAUAGGAAUAUGCCUGUUUUGGUAGUUACUGACUUAAUUUGUUAGUGCCACAAGGAAAAUAUUUUACAGUAUUUUAUGCCAUUUAGGUAAAAUGAAUAAACCGUUUUCCAAGAUUUUCUUAAAAGAUUAUCAAUGUAAAAGUAUCAUCAAGUAUGCCUCAAAAGCUAGAAACAUUUCAAAAUAUAGAACAAACGUUGAAAAAUUGUUUUGCCAGGAAGGAGUUCAAGUUCAGUUAAGGAUUUGAGAGGCUUUUAAACAAGCAUCAGUAGGGUAGUUAUCAUACUUACUUAUGUCUGAUAUUCAGUGCUGGUUCUUUUUCCUGUUUGUGCAACAAUGAAUUGUGUCAUGUGUGUUUUAUAGCCUCUAUCAUUAAUCACACCAUAAUCUCAUUUUAAAACAUUUUUAAUGUUAAAACAUCCCCACACUUAUAUACAGGUAAAAUUAGUUUUUUUUUUUAAGUUGUAAUCUGUACUUUUCUAUUUUUUUUUGCAAUUUUUGAAACAGCUACAUUAAUCCCUAAAAUCCCAACAUACUGAAAAUGUAUGGCAUGUAUUUUCUAUAGUAAGUAAUAUGAGGAAAACAUGAUUAGCUGUGCCAAAGAAAUUUUAUACAUUGUUUACAUGAUGAGGCCACAGUACUAAUUGGGGAGUUCAUAUGGUUUUUUUGUUUAUUAUUAUUGAGAAGAGUUAAGAGCCGAGGUUACCACAUUCAUUCUUUGUGUUAGAAAUGUAGGAGUGUGGUGGUUUUCUGCAAUAUUGAGAGCUUAGUCUCAUAAUUUGGAAUUUAAGAUAAUAAGUAGUAACAAGGCAAGUCUUUUAUGUAAGACAGUCAAACAGUGUCACUUCAGGGACAAAGGCCUGGAAGCCCUUAAAAUAAGUUAUCUUAGAUGUGCCAGAAUAUAUUCAGAGCUUUAUUCCUUUAAGCUUAAGGCUUCAAUACUUGUAGAAAUGCAAAUAUUCUUGAGAAAUGAUACAUUUUUGUUCUCAAUUUCGCAAUUCUAUAUACCUGAUUAUGAGUGAAGUAGCCAAGGCAGGUUUUCAUCAGCAUAGGGGAUGGAAGGUAGGUAUAAUAUGAGGACAAUGGAAACUUUGGGAGAAGGGAGUGAGGAAAUGGAUAAAGAGAAAUUUGAAAAUUUUAGGUUGGACUUGAGCACUAUUGCUGCUUUCCUAUGAACUAUCAGAAUGUUUAAAUGCUUUAUCAUUCAUGGUCCACUCUCAACUAACAUUUAUUAUUCUUUAGUAAUUAAUGGUUUUACAUACAUUUUUAUAAUGUAGAAGGAAAUUCAAGAUUCCAUAAUCGUAAAAUUUUUCAGAUUUGUCUAAUGUAUAAUUUGUGCAUCUUCACAUGCUGUUAAAUGCAGACUUAAACAUUACAUCUGAGGAUCAUGACUUUUCCUCCUUUCUUGGAGAUCUUGGUAUAAAAUUCAUCUGCUGUUAUAAAAUCAGGUUUCUACAGAGUUCAUUUCACACUAAAGUUAGUUUGUUACUGUUUGCAUGAGGAAACAAUGUAUGUCUCAAUCUUUAAUUUAAUUUUAGGUGGUAGUGUUUAUUGUUCACCCUCCCUCUUGCCUCCAAAAGAAUGCUGAAUUAUAGGCCAAUAUUUCCAUGUGUAUUCUGUUGCCUUGAUGCGUAUUAUACUUGUUGCAUGUAUAUUAAAAAUUUUGUACUAUG